AGCUUUCUGCAAAACUUUUUGGAUGAUGCGGUUGGAGAAUGUUUAGACAAAAUUUCCUUACUCUUGGGACAUAAUUAUCCAGGAGGACCGAUUAUUGAAAAAUUGGCUCAAACAGGAAAAAGCACUUAUCAAUUGCCUCUAACUAAAUUAGACGAAACUUAUGAUUUUAGUUUUAGCGGUCUAAAAACUGCCGUGCGUUUAUUAAUUGAAAAAGAAGAUAAAAGAUUAAAUGCUAACGACUUGGCCUGUUCUUUACAAUAUACUUUGGCUAAAAUUUUAACUUUUAAAAUCGAAAAGGUUCUACAAACCAAAAAAGUAAACACAGUUGUUUUAGGAGGAGGAGUGGUGGCUAAUAAGUAUUUGACUAAUUAUUUAAAAGAAUUCUUGCAAAAAAAAAAUAAAAAUAUAAGAGUAUUCAUUCCUCCCAAGAAAUAUUGCACGGACAAUGCCGCCAUGAUGGGAAUUUUGGCUUAUUACAAAAUUAGCAAUGAUGAAGCCGGACGCGGAGCCUUAGCUGGUCCAAUUGUAGUAGCAGCGGUAAUUUUGCCGACUUAUUUCUAUUCUCCUCUGAUUAGAGAUUCCAAAAUUUUAAAACCUGUACAAAGAAAUAGAGCUUACGGAAUAAUUAGAAAAGCCGCCUUAACCUACAGUGUAGCCAUUAAAAAUCCGCGAGAAGUAGAAAGUAAAAAUCCUCUCCAAGCCACUAAAGAAGCGAUGGUAGAAGCAACCUUGAAGCUAAAAGUUAAACCUGAUUUAUGUCUGGUAGAUGGAAAAGAGGAAAUUAUAAUUCCUAAUAUCCCUACUCAAAGCAUUAUUGGUGGCGACCAAAGCAAUAAAGGAUAUCCUAAUCCUACCCAUUUAAAAGCAAUCUUUAAAUAUGGAAUUUGUUCCCUACAUCGCAAGACCUAUGAACCAAUUAAAAGUUUGGUAAAUGGUAAAACUAGUCGAGAAGCUCUUUGUCAAAAAUAUAAUUGUAAAAUUUAA